UCUUCAUCUUUGCAUGCGUCGUGUACAAAUAGUUUUGUGCACAGAAACAAAAUACUUAUUACCACAUGGGAGAUAAUAGACAUAAGAGUCUAAUAAGCCUUUAUUCAGUCUUUAUUUAUAUUAUUUAAAGUAUAUUUUCAGUUGUUACAUCUCUUGUUUGCAGCUGUCUCUACAUUUGUAAGCAUAGGCUGGACACAGGACUGUCUCAGGAAAUUGCUGAGUUUGCAGACACAAGUGGAGGGAGUUGAGCACUUUUGUACAUAAACACCACUCACCAUGGACACAGAAGAAGUCACAGCACGGGAACGGAGAGUGAGCAUGAAUGGGGAAAAGGAACUCACACAUAGAGGAUUGUUGCACUUUUCAUCUGUGUUGUUUCACUGUAAAUAAAAUCACUGUAACUCUGCAUAGAGAGUCCUGCAUUUGGGUCCUGUAUCCACACCGCCACACAAGAUGGCUAUAUCCACUGUCAUGCCAUCAGUUGAUUUGUGAUUUUACUGCUGUGAAGGCUCAAGUUGAACAUGUUGGCCAUAUUGUCCACCAUAUCACUGUAUGGUGAUUAUGGUAGCCAUGCCAUAAAUCGUACCCUGUUUAAUUUUACUACAAAUAAACAAGAUUAUAAAAUUAGCCCUAUAAGAUCCAUCAAUCCAUGUUCUUCCACUUAGUCACUUCAGGGUGACAGGAGGCUGGAAGCUAUUCUAGCUGUCACAGGGCAAGUGGUGUACACCCUGGAGAGGUUACCAGUCUUUUACAUGGUUGACAGAGAGACAGACAACCACUCAUUAUCACACUGACACAUGUUACUGAAUUUAGAAUGACCAAUUAACCUAACAUCAUUCAUGUCUUUGGAUUGGAGGAUAAAGCAAGAGUAUCCAGAGAGAGCAUGCAAACUCCACACAGAAGGGCCCCAACCUAUAUUUGAAACCCAAAACCUAUUUCAUGUGAGGCAGAAGUACUAAUCACCAAAGUACCAUGCUGCCCAACAUCUGAAGACUUUAGACUGAUUAGAAAGAUGAGGUUAUGUGAUCUAAUAAUAUUUAUAAAAAAAAGAUCUAUACAUUUGUUUUCAUAUUUUCACAGAAUUACAAAGAGUACAGAGGGAGUCUAGCUGUGGGACUUCACAAAAAGAAUAACUUGUGCAAUAUGUGAUUGAUCAAUUGUAAAGUAAGCAACCUCUGACAUCUGUAUGAAUAAAUGCAUGUAAAAUCUUUGCUUGUGUCUUCAGCCCACAGCAACUCAGGUAACAUAAAAAACAGAACUUUCUGAGGUGCUUUAAGUAUAAAAUGCUCUGUUUAUCUCCAGCAUCUAACUUGGUUUUACUGGCUAAAGCUAGUCAGGCAGAAAGUGAAAAAUGAUGAAACACAACAUUCAAUAGAAAAUGAAUUAGAUUAUAAUUUAAAUGAGUGACUGAAUGAGGAACAUUUCAUUUGCUCUUCAAAUACCUGGAUGCAACCAAUGUAAGAGGAAGAGCUCUUGAAUCUGUAUUCAGAGAUAACCAAUCAGAUCUAUUUGAAGGGUGACAUAAAGGGCCCAUGUUACAAUGCCUCCCACAGUCAGUCAAGCACCUAAGUCCGUAACACAAGCCCUUUACAAGAUGAUCAGAUUAUGGAUUGCACUGCUUUUUGUUAAUCGAGGAUCUGCACUCGUUCCAGUAACUACAGCUCAGCUCGGGGGACCUAUAACCUUUACAUGUGUUCUACCCAAGACUGAGACUGGCCGCAGAGACAUCCAAUGGUAUAAGCAGAGUCCUGGAGACACUCUGAAAAUAAUAUGGACACUAAAGGAAUCUGCAACACCUAGGUUUGCACCUGAAUUUGAUAACUCAAGAUGGAAAGCUAAUUCUGAUAAAAAUGUUAGCAACCUGACAAUUUUGAAAACAAAUCAAGAGGAUGAGGGAAUCUAUCACUGUGGGUUCACAGAGUGGCUCCAAGAUACUACAUGGACUGGGACAUAUUUGUUAGUAAAAGGAAACACCCAGAGGAUAUCAAACUAUACCGUUGUUCAGGAGAAGGCCAUCCAUCUAGGAGACUCAGUGACUCUCCAAUGUUCAGUUCUCUCCGUCUCAGUUAACAAGACAUGUCCAGGGGGUCUUGAGGUAUUCUGGUUCAAAGAAGGAUCACAUAGAUCUCAUCCUAGUAUUAUCUAUACUGAUGGAAACGGACAUCAUGAAUGUGAGAAAAGAUCAGAGACUGAAAAAAGCUGUGCGUAUCGCUUCUCUAAGAACAUCAGCUCCUCUGAUGCUGGGACUUACUACUGUGCUGUGGCCACAUGUGGGGAGAUAUUAUAUGGAAAAGGAACUAAACUGGACAUUCAAGGGUGCAGCGUGUGGUCACAGAGUGUCAGUACAGUUAUUUUUCUGCUGUGUCCUGUCUUGGUUCUGAUUGUUAUUGCUGUCCUCGCUUACACAAUCAAGAAAACCAACAGUGAUCAUUGCAAAGCUGCUGUCCUGGAGAAAAACUUUGGUGAUUUGAAAAGCCAACAGAAAAAGGACACAUUGAUGUUUUCUGCUGUUGUGUUUACGGUGAUGAAGGCUGACAAAUAUAAAAGAAAGGAUGCAGUGAAGCAGCAGCAGAUCUACAUGGCUGUCAAGGCUUUUGGACUGGAUUAGAUCUGUUUACCACCCCAUCAUCCCUUUAUGUGAUAUAACAUUGUGGAUAUUUGCUUAAAGCUAAUGGGCUAUAAUGUGUUGUUGUUCUAUACCUCUAUCUAUAAAAAUGUGACCACAUGCAUACUGCAACAUUUCUAGUGCAGUCUUAUGACGAGUUUUUAUUUCUUUUUUCUCACUUCAUUUAACUCUAUAUUGAAACCAGUACUUAAGAAAUCAGUGCAAAACUGACAUUACUGAAGCUGAUUACACCAUGACUGAAAAGUCAAAGUAGUUAAAGUGCAUACCACAUGGAUGCUUGCAUCGUUCCCCUGCUGUCUUCCCAUUCUGUUAAAAAUAAAAAGUGACUGGAAAAUGUGAGUUCAACCGGAAAACCUGAUAUGUUUGAAUUUAUGUUAUUAACAUCAGGUAAAGUGAAACUAGUGCAAAGUUGUAAUGUUAUGCUUUUCUUUAACAAUAUAUUCCAACAUGGUUGUAAGAUUUUGAAAAAUGUAAGAAAUUUCUUAGCCAGGAGUGCUGGCUUUGAUUUUUUCACUGAAUUGUUCUUUUUCCAGGGUGAAAUGAUUGUGCAGCAUGGAUCUUUAAUGACUUUCAAAGGCAAAAACUGGGUGCAGAAAUGUGAUUUUUUUUUUUUUUUUUUAAAUUUAGAUCACAGUCUUUUUAAACUGGCAUGGACCCAGCUUUUAAGCAUAGUCCUCAAAUUUUCAAUAGGGCUGAGGUCAGAGCUUUGGGAAGGCCAUUCCAGAAACUUAAUGCUAGUCUGCAUUAUCCAUUCUAAAACCAAUUUCAGUGUGCAUAUGGGAUCAUUUCUUUUUGGAACAUCUUUGUUUCAGCCAUCCAGCUGUUGAUUUUUGGUGAAUUUGGAGGUAGUUCUCCUUCAUAAUGCCAACAUUUUUUUUGUUGGAGGUUCCUGAGUUGUUUUUGAAGAACCUAAUUCAUUUUCUGUCAUAUGAAGGUGAGUGUCGGCUUUCUUUCAGAACUUGGCAGUGUUCACACAUCCAGGGCUGAACUGGUAAUCUGGCUUACUGAGCAUUUGCCUGGUGAGCUGAUGCACUUUUGGGCCGAAGGGUCAUUUGAAGGUCCACUGAACACCAGGCCUACACACACUGACAACAGCCCAUUUUUUUUCAUUUUGAUUACUGACUUUAUAUUGUCCAAUCAAUUCUCUUAAUGUGACCCACAGCUGUACCAACCUCAUUAAAAAGAAAAAUGGUUUCAAUAUCAGUAAUCAAAUGAAAUGAAACAUAUACAUAAUACAGUAUAUGUAUGCAUGAUAUUCUCUUAUAGAGAGAGAGCGAGAAAGCGAGGGAGAGAGAGAGAGAGAGAUACUGAUAUUAAUUUGCUUCGUUUAAUAUUAUUCCCUUCCAUUUACUUCAAUGCUGUAAGUUAUAAGUUUAUAUGAUGUAAGUUAAUGCAUUCAUUCUAAACAUUUAAUUAUAAGUAAAUCCCUUGCUAACCUUUGGGACCACUCAUUAAGGGACAAUGCACAUCCAUGGGAAAGACCUGUUACUCAAAAUAUAACCACACCUUAAAGUACAACUUGAAAUAUUAUCUAUAUGUAGGAAAAUGUACACUUACAAAUUUUCAAGAUCAUCUCAACAUUGUCUUAUUGUCC